UCCGCUUUCUUGGGUUUUGUUAAUUUUUUUUCUCUUCGCGGUUGAUCGCGACACAAUAAUUAUCAUAACUUCACGUAUAUGAUCUCUUCCAAAAUCUUUAUUUGGAACUGUGUGUGCUGAAGGUGGAGAAAGUGUCUCCACAGAGGGAGUGAUUCAAUGUGUUUGCGUUUUUUUUGUGUGUACACCAAAAAUUCAAUUGUGUUUACCUAACGCUUAAGCAAAGUUGCUGUCGAUCGAGUCAAAGAAGGUGACGACGACGACCAAAAAAUCGCGACGACGACGUUCCACCAGGAGCUUAGGUCAUAUUACGAUCGCGCGCAUAUGAACGCAUAAGUCACUCCAAGCUGCAAUCGAUCGCGAGAAAGAAUGUGUAAGGUGGAGACUUUUAUGUCUUAUGAAUGAGGCGCGACCACGACUAGGACGAUUGCUGGUUUCAGGCGUAGCCAAAUUACUCUAGCAGUUAGUCUUACUAGCCUCGAUCGAGACUGAGACACCUCGAAGAACCGGGCCUCCCUCAAUUAAUUCGAUACGAUACGCUACUGCAGGUGCUGCGCAUUGCGCGAUCGCGCACCGUUGCGUUCAAUAUCCGCAUCAUCAAAGCGCGGCCGCGAUCGCGUAAUCUGUGACUGGUGUUGUUGAGAGGUUAUGUUUGUGUGUGAGUUUUCAGCCGAGCUAACGAUCAGCUCCAGUUUAAGGCCGCUGAAUUAAAGUUGGUGCUACUAAGGCUGGCCAAGUUACCUGGCGCAGCUACCUUGAAGAAUUGAUGAAAGAGAGAGGAAAAAAGUUGGAUCAAUAUUGUUUGUUACUACUAGCCGGUGUGAGUGUCUGUAUGCGGCUAAUUCUACUCGUGUUUGUUUUGUAUACUUUUGUGUAACAGAAGUUUGAUUAAGUUAUACAAUUGUAAUACAUAAAAAAAGAAUGGUGCAAAUAAGUUGAUUGUAGAAAUUAGCAAAGCAAAAUUUUGCAGUACAAAUCACGUGCAUUUCAAGUGCUCUUUUAUCCGUGUGAAUCUUAAUGUCAUUUUUCAUUUCCAUUGUUCAAAAAAAAGCAAAGCAAAGAAAAAUCUCUCAUAUUUCUUCUACAUAUCUUUGAUUAAAUGUGAAAGGAACGUGUAGCAGCAGCAGCAGCGGAACCUCAACAGUGGACGACCUUGGCUGGAUCGAGAUUUGUGUGUUUUUUUUUUAUUAAUCACAACAGGAAAAGCUUUUAGUGACCGAUUGGCUGGAGGGACUAGUCGAAGCAGUUGUGGUUUUUUUUGUGGUGUGGAUUUCAUCAGAUGAUUGAAUGACAAUCGACCGGUUCAAAAUGCCUCCAAAGGCUUUCUUCGUGGCAGACGGUUGGCCGCAAAAGUUUCUCCUACUCGCUGUAAUGUUCCUGAUCUGCGUUCUGGACUGCCAUGAAUCGACGGCACAAUAUGUCAAUGUAGCCCAGCGCCGGAUGAUACUGGGACCUUCACCUGUACACAUGGUCUAUCACUCGAUUCCACUUCCGGUGCGGCCCCGAUAUGCCCGACGUGGUGAUAACGACUAUCUGGCGUACAACAUCCACAAGACGAUCAGCCCCCGGGACAUCAACAGGCAGCUGGUGGACGGCCAAACGGCCCGAAAGGCCAUGGUCGACGUGCAGCAAACCAUCGCCGAGGUGCAGCGGCUGCUGGCCGCCGAUCCGUCGCUUCCGCGAUUGACCAAGGGAGAAAUCGAGGAGCUGUUCGAAAACGUAACACGCGAAGAACUGGCCAAAUCCCUUCGUGAAGGUGACCACGCCCGUGCCCAGCACAUGCGCGCCCUGAUGCUGGUGCUCCCGUAUCACACCAACAACCUGGCCCAGGAGAACCUCCAGAGCAUCUACACGCUUCCACCGGUGACCCGAGUCGUUCCGGGUGGUGAAGCCACGACUACCACCGAACUUCCACCGGUGACAACAAUGCGACCCGCUCCAUUGUUCCGACCGAAUCCAACGAGUUCCGUUCCGAUAACCACCAUAAGGUUUACGACCCCGAAGGCCACAACGUUUCAUCCAGCACUGCCGAAUGCGAUAAGGGAGGAAACCAAGCCUUCGUCAGGUUUGUUAGAAGAAUCCACGGAAGCGACGGAAGAUCCGGUUCCGUUUACUGAUCCGGUGCCGACGACGACGAUGGCCUCGACUUCUUCGGGCAGUUCUCCAGGAGUCAAUGAGGCGGUCAAUGAGAUACUGUCUUCGCUGGGUUUCGUUGGGGACAUUCCUACCUUUAAGCCGCUCCCGGUUGAGACGACCACCUUGACCACGACGACUACGGAGCGAAAGCCGAGCGAGGAUCCAGGUCAGGGUGAUCCGAAGGUUAGCGAGGAAUUGAGGUCGUUGCUGAGGUCUUUCGGUUUGUUGGGUGAGAACGAAGAUUCCUUGGGAAUUUCUCCUCUUCCUCCCUUGGAGUUGCCGGAGAAUUUGGAUCAGACUCAGCAGUCUCAGUUAGUUGUUGAUGAAAAAGAACCGGACGUUCCGACGAUGGCCAAACCGGAUAUCAAGCCGGAUGAUUUUGUGGCCUUUAAACCUCUUCCGAGUGAUACGGUUCCGAAAUUGAGUGGGGAUUUGAGUGAGCUGCUGAAGUCGUUUGGCUUGUUGGACGUAACGGGUAGAGAUAAGAAAUCGAUGAAGAAUUCGGAGUCAAGUGUUCAAAGCGUCGAAGACAUGGACGGAAUGCCGAUGAUCGACAAAGAUUUGGUCAUUCCUCAAAUGAUGCCCAUCCUGGAUACUUUAGGUAUUCCGAUGAUGAAGAAAGAACGCAAUGGAAGAAAGUUUAGUGAUUCCAAGAAAGAUUCCAACGGCAUCGACGAGAAGCCCAAGAGCUCUGGCAAUCCGAAGAAAAAAGAGGACAACGAGGACUACCGAAAGCUGGAACAGCUUUGGGAAACCAUCAGGGAGUUGGAGAAACUGAACACAAAUCUAACCGAAGAUAAAUUGGAAGCUCUAGAUCUACGAAACUUCAACCUCAGUGAGUCACUGCUAUCUCAAGGACCUAACCCGCUUGAAAAUUUGGAAGUUACUCGAAUCAACGAGAUUAAAAAGCGACAGGAACCCAGUGGAGACGCCAAAAAAGAGGACUCACCCAUAAGAAUCUCGCUGGACAUAAACGAGACUCCAACAAACUCCUCCGACACGAAAAAUGAUCAACCUCGAUCGGUGGACAUCGUAGACGUGGCUUCAGACGCCGAUCCCACAACAACAACUCCGUCUUCAAGUACAACAGAAACCUCCAGUAGCAGUAGCAGCAGUAGUGGCAGCAGUACCGAUGACGAUUCGGCGGCCCGCUUCACGGCUCUGGAGGAAUCUUUCGGUGGAGGAUCGGUUGAUCCGGUCGCCCAGGAACCGUUGCCGCAGCCUCGGAGAAAUGGGUUCUACUUCCUGGCCGAUUGGAACUCGUUCCUGGAGGUCGGUGAAGAUCCGAACAAAGUGGUUAUCAACUUCCGGCCGCAGGCCGGCGAUCCAAGCCGGUUUUUGCCCGUGAAUGUGCCGUAAGCCGUUUGAAACAUUGGAGACACACUUUGAAAAGUCGUUGGAGUGUAGAAACAUUUGAAGAGUGUAAUCGGGGAAAGGUGGAAGGUUCAUUGAAAAAAUCGAGUUGGUGUGUGAGGAAUAUUUUAAAUGACAAGUGACAACUAUAAAGUAGGCGGUCCUAGUUUGAAGAAGAUCCUUUAGCAGUAAUCCAAACUCUGUUGAGAGGAAUCAUUUGUUUUAAAUUAUAUCUUUAAAAGAUUCUAAAUUUUCAAUCAUGUAAAACAAACUCUACAUAACUUUUUUCGUCGUCCAGACCUAUCACGAAUUCAAAAAAUGGUAAAAAUAAAUCCAAAUUUUAUUCUUUACCAGGUUUAACAAGGUUAAAAAAAGGAAUCUGAUGAUCUUAAGGUGGGUUUAGGGAAACUCUAUCACUGUAAACUUUUUAAUUGAACACAUAUCCUAGUAAAAUGUAAGAAUCAAGCAUUUUGUCCUGUUAGAAAUCAAGUUAGUUUGUGUGCCGUUUCCAUCUGUUAGAAAUCAGAACAAGUUUAGUUAAAAAAAAACAAGAAAAAAAAAACGCAAAAAAACGAAUCAUUAAUUGCUCAAAUGUUAGAAAUAAAACAACCGUGGAUAGGAACAACACACCAAUUGAUGGUGCUAGAAACUUGUUGCGUAAUCCUGUUGAACAAUUCACAGCAACUACAACAAAAGAAAAAACCUUUCUGUACAUAGACACGUAACUUAUCUGUAGGAGAGACACAUAUUUAUUUGUACAUUUUGUGCUAGGCGAAUUAGGGUGAUGCAAUAUCAACAAUGUGGAGUCAGUAAAUAAAA